AUGGGUACCAGGCUAGUGAUAUUCGUUAACAUUAUUAUUAAGCAACACACUGAUGAUAACAGUAAUCAAGCCAAAGGCCGGAACGUAGUCAACAAGAAACUAUUUAUAUCAUUUCCUCUGCAGGAGAAACGUUAUGUCACACUUUGCUUUAUCUUUUCAUCUCGGUCGGCAUUCCAACAAUCACCUGCCUCUUGGCUGGUCCAGUUAGCUUACGACCACAACUCUUGUCGUUUGUCUGUCUCUCUGUUUCUUUCUUUCUUUCUUUCUUUCUUUCUUUCUUUCUUUCUUUCUUUGUCUAAUUUCUAUUUCAAAUAUUUCGUCUUUUUUGUCUCUUUCCAAACUCUCAUAAUGUUAUGCCUUAUCCUCUCUACACAGUCAUACGUCACUUUCUGUCUUCUCUAUCUAUCUAUCUAUCUAUCUAUCUAUCUAUCUAUCUAUCUUUUUUUCUUUCUUUUUUCUUUCUUUCUUGCUGAUUUUGCCCCUCUCUCCCUUUUAAUUAUUCGUCUUUCCAAACUUUCCCCUCUUCUCUAUCUCGGACGGUCUGUUCGUAAGGCGGUCCAUCCAGGCCAACUUGUCCCAGACAUUGGCAUCGAUCGGAACAAGAGACUGCCAUCUUCCAACCACCAACGUCCGUCCACUUCUGUCUGCCUGAGUGCUGCUGGCAACAACCCCAACAUCCAACACCAUCACCGCCUGUCCAUGCCUCCUCAGUCCCCACACCCGACAACCAUUGCUGCUUCUCUUAAACAUAAUCAUCCAUCCAUCACCAGGUCACCUUGCUUACCAACCUAUCACUCUAUAACUACAACUAUUAUUGCUACUACUACUACUAUUUUUUCUUUCUUUAUCCUUUUCUUCUUUUAUUUCCAUUUACCCCUCUUUCUCUUCAUUAUUUCUUCUUCUUCCUCUCUCAUUUUCCAUUCUUUCAUCUCUUCUUUUAAUACCGCCUUCUCCUCUUUAUCUUCCCUUAUCCGAAGUGUGGACAUCAUUCUGAAACAAACUUCUAACAAACACUACACAAUCACAAUAUUUCCUUUCCAACUGUUUUCCUCCUCUCACACUCUCUCCAUUUCUGUCUUACUUUCUUGUUCUCUCAAUCUUUCACCCUCUUUCUUUCUUUCACCAUUUUUCUUUCUUUCCCUCAAAGUAUUUUGUCCUUCUUUCAGCUUCUUUUUUAAUGCUUGUUUCGCAUUCCCUCUUUUUUGCUCUCUUUUCAUUUUCUAUUGCGUGCUUCAAUACACGUUUAUCUCAACCCUUUCCUCCUUUUUUUCUUAUUCAUCCAAUUUCCCUCUAUUUUCUCUUUCUUUUCUUCCUUCUUCCUCUUUCUCUCUCGCUCACAAUCUUUGUCGCUCUCUCCCUCCCCCUCUCUCUCUCUUUCUCUCUGGAUAUUUUUCCGAAUUCUUUUCCUGCACUCUUUCCCUACAACGUUUCCAUAUUCCUUUCUUUCUUCACUUUUCUCUCGUUUUACUCUACACUCGUGUCUUCUCUUGCUUUACACUCUCUCUCUCUCUCUCUCUCUCUCUCUCGUUAUGUUUUAUCAGGGUUUUUUGGCAGUUCCCAAAUAUACCCAUCUCUUUCACUCUGGCCUCUUCCCUUCAUUUGCAGUUGUAA